GGAAGCCAAGAAGCAAGCCGGCGGAUUGAUUUGGUGAUAAAGUCUUCGUUUUUAAGCGAAGGACCGUUUUGGCAUCAUCGCCUUCCUUCGUCAGCGUUGUGAUCUCAAAAACGCCGGCGGAGAUGGAGUUUUUUGGAAUGGACUUCAGUUGUGUUUUCGGAUCUCUAAGCGACGGCAAGUUCCCGGAGAAAAAUUGCUUGCUACCCCUCAUCUCUAAGCUCCUUGGCUAUUGCAUUGUCGCCGCUUCAACCACCGUCAAACUUCCUCAGAUAAUGAAGAUUUUGAAACAUCAGAGUGUCAGAGGACUUAGUGUUCUAUCCUUUGAGCUAGAAGUCGUCGGUUACACGAUUGCUCUGGCUUAUUGUGUCCACAAAGGCCUUCCAUUUUCAGCUUAUGGGGAACUGGCAUUUCUCUUGGUUCAAGCUAUAAUUUUGGUUGCCGUUAUUUACUAUUACUCUCAGCCUAUUGGUAUGACAACGUGGUUCAAGGCGUUACUAUAUUGUGCUCUAGCACCAACAGUUUUAGCCGGUCAAAUUAACCCUGUUCUCUUUGAAGCUCUAUACGCAUCUCAACAUGCAAUUUUUCUCUUCUCGAGGAUCCCACAAAUAUGGAAGAACUUUUCUAACAAAAGUACUGGGGAGCUUAGCUUUUUAACAUCCUUAAUGAACUUUGGAGGUUCUAUGGUGAGGGUUUUCACCAGCAUCCAAGAAAAAGCUCCAAACAGUGUUCUCUUGGGAUCGGCUCUUUCUAUUGCAACAAACGGUACCAUUUUGAGUCAGAUAGCUCUAUACCAGAAGAAGGAUGAAAAGAAAGGGAAGAAAACAGAUUAGAGGAUGAAGACUUGCAGUUGUGGCUUUGCCAUAUUGAAGAUUAAUGCUUGUAUGUAGUAAGUAAAGGUGAACAAAAGUCAACUGUCUUCAAAAGAAAGGUUUUGGACUCUCUACUUCGUGACAGUUUCUCAAGCUUAGUCUUUAGCUUGUUGAGCACAACUCCUCAAGAUAAUCAUUUUAUUACAAGAAGUCCAGAGUUCUUUUCUUUUCUUUUAAUAUAUAAUGGCACAUUGAUUGCUGGAGUCAUUCUAGGUUUUGAUUAUGAUCUCCGCCUGGUCACCUUCACCGAUAAGUCUAUGUAUGGGGUUGUAAAGGGGAAGGAGGUGAAAUGUACUUUGCACUAGAUUAUAGAUUUAUCUCGAUAUAUCUUUUUUUUUAAUCUCAGAAUGAUAUUUUUAUCUC